GAUUUUUCCAAUCGGAGCUGGGGGCUAUACUACCCAUUUGGGAAUUCACCCACCUACUCUAGCCGACUCUGGUCUUUGUUCUGCAUCGUCGUUCGCGAACUUCUCCGGCGACUUUCCUCCAACCACCUCCGUUCUCCGACAAGUCUCCGGCGUUAUGUCCGUUCAGUGAUCGUUUUCUUUUAUCUUUUUUCCCCAUCCAUAGAGAAAGCCUGAACAGUAAUCAAGGGUUCAUUCCACAUCUCUUCUCCUUUACCUGGCUGCAUGUCUUAGUGUAUGCCGCGGCGUCAGAAUUUCGUACUGUAGGAAGUUUAUAUUUAGCAGGAUGAGCAGAUCUAGUAGGAAAAAAGAGAGGUAUGGAAGGAGUGGUGAAGCUUCCUUGGAUAACUGUAAUGAGGGAAGUGCCGCUCGGACAAGACCUUUUAGUUUUGAUGAGAUUAUGCAUAGAAGGGAAAAAAAGAAACAAUCUGGAAAUGUUAAAGGGGAUCAUUGUAUGGAAAUGGACAGAGGUUUGGGACAGAGUGAUCCUGCACCUAGUGGUGUAAAGCACAGUGAUCCUGCACCUAGUGGUGUAAAGCAUGCUUCAGAGCAUUUUGUGAAGGUAAGUUCUAGGAAGAAAGAAAAUGAUAUGCCUAUUAAGGAAGAUAAAUUAGUGAAAAGGAAAGAUAAAGAAAUUUGUGAUUCUGAAACCAAAUCAAAGGCUACACUGAGAAAAUAUAUUGGCGAUGAAGCUAAAGGAGGCAAGAUUGACAGACGGGUUAAUGUCAGGAGACAAAAUGAUGCGUGGUCAAGUGAUGAUUCUAAAAAUGAGUCUGAAAAGAGGCAUCUAAAAGAUUUGGUAGUGAAGGAGAGAUAUGCAGAUAGAAGUAGAGUAAAAUCUGAGAGAGAGAGCAAAAGGAAACACCGCGAUGAAGAUGAUGAAAAAAGUAGGGACAGGAAUGCUGCUAAAAAACGUGAGUCUGGUAAGAGGAAUGGUUCAGAAUUCUCAGAGAGCAAGGAGAGGAAAGAAUCUUCAAAAUUUCGUCAUGAAGAAUCAAGGCCGAAUAGGAGAAGGUCGAGGAGUAGAGAGCAUGACAAGGACAGAGGGAGAAGGUCUACUUCACUCUCACCGAGGGCGCAAAAACGGGCAUCUUAUAAUGUGCGGGAGCAUGGCGAGUUGUACUCACAUUCUUCUAAAGAUAGAACGGGAAGACAGCAUUCUGAUGCUGAUCGGAACAAGGUAUCAGGCAAUGGAUCGAGUAGCCAGAAUAGACGACAUGGUGGAUUUGCAAGUGGACUUGGUGGUUAUUCGCCAAGGAAGAGAAGAACCGAGGCUGCUAUUAAGACUCCUUCCCCAACCAAUCGUUCUCCAGAGAAAAAAAGUGCUGGGUGGGAUCUCCCACCUGCAGGAACAGACAGCAAUGUUACUGGUCCUACUCUUUCUAAGUUGCAGUCUUCAGACCAAAUUGUAUCAUCCAACAUGCAUGAGUUGUCUAGUGUGGUUCCUGCCCUUUUGACGACAGUAAAACCCUCUUUUGGGGCUUUUCCUAGCACUUCAUUGUUGAAGAGAAAUCCCACCAUUGACUCCAUUCAGCUAACACAAGCAACCCGACCUAUGAGGAGGCUUUAUGUUGAAAACUUACCAACUUCAGCCUCUGAGAAAUCUGUUACGGAAUGGCUUAACAGUUUUCUAAUGUCUUCAGGUGUUAACUAUAUUCAAGGGACCCAGCCAUGUAUCAGCUGUAUUAUACACAAGGAGAAGGGCCAAGCUCUUGUGGAAUUUCUUACCCCUGAGGAUGCUUCAGCAGCACUUUCUUUUGAUGGCAGAUCCUUCUUUGGCUCCAUUCUUAAAAUCAGACGCCCCAAGGACUUUGUUGAAGUAACUACUGGCGUACCUGAGAAAUCAGUGGCUGCAGUUGAUUCAGUAAGUGAUGUUGUGAAGGAUUCACCUCACAAGAUUUUUAUCGGCGGGAUUUCGAAGGUUAUUUCAUCAAAAACGCUUAUGGAGAUCAUUGGUGCUUUCGGACCUUUAAAGGCGUACCGCUUUGAGGUUAACGCGGAUCUUAAUGAACCAUGUGCUUUUCUUGAGUAUGUGGAUCAGUCAGUUACUCUCAAAGCUUGUGCGGGUCUGAAUGGUAUGAAGUUGGGAGGACAGCUGCUAACUGUAGUUCAAGCUAUUCCGGGUGCAGCAUCUGUGGAAAAUUAUGAGAGCCAACCUUUCUAUGGGAUCCCUGAGCAUGCAAAGCCACUUCUUGAGAAGCCUACACAAGUUCUGAAGCUUAGAAAUGUGUUGAGUCCGGAGGGUUUCUCAUCACUGUCUGAACCAGAAUUGGAAGAAAUUUUAGAAGAUAUACGUGUAGAGUGUGCCAGGUUUGGCACUGUUAAGUCUGUUAACGUUGUCAAGCGCAGUAAUUGUGGUUCCACCCAAGAAACAUGCAAAGUCACUGACAACACAGAUUCUGCUAUAGAGGAUUUGGAGUGUGAUGACACACACACGGAAAUUGUAGAAGGUAUGGAUUGUGUCUCAGGAAAAAUUAGCAGAUCAGAGCCUUCAAUCUGUGCCAAAUCUGAAGAAGUUGAUAGAGCUGAAGAAGAUAACGUCAUUUGUGAUGGUAAAUAUGUAGACAAUCUUAUAAAAGAAGAAAUAUGUGAACCAGCUCCAGUUGAUAGUCAUGUGGUUGCUGAAAAUCCAAUAUGCCAGGAAAAUUCUAAUGCUAUAUCUCCAGAAGUCCCCAACCUAUUUAAAAGUUCGGUAGAUCAAUUGGAAUGCCAUGAUGACAAGGUUGAAAUUAUUCAAGCAGCGGAUUUAGAGAUGAACAGAGCAGUAGUCAAGGAAGAGCUGAAAUCAGAGGAAGUCAAUGGAAAAUUGGAGGCAGCUUUUUCUGAACUGGAUUGUGGUGAGAGAAUAGAGGUUGAAAGUAUGGAACAUGUUUCCGAUCUUGGGGAUGUUUUGGAGCCUGGUUGUGUUCUGGUGGAGUAUCGAAGAACUGAAGCUACUUGUAUGGCAGCCCACUGUUUACAUGGACGUCUUUUUGAUGACCGGAUUGUGUCAGUGGAGUAUGUUGCUUACGAUAUUUACCGCGCUAGGUUUCCCAAAUGAGUUUGUUUGGAUGCUUACAAUGGUUGAUGUAAAUGUUUCCAUGGUCCACCGAUUUUUACCACAAGCCGGAGUUUUAGUAAUUUUCAGCAUGGUCUUCUGCACAAGCCUGGCAAUGACAAUAUACUUGUGGAGCAGAGCUGUAGCAGUUUUAAAAUUCUUCAAUAUUUCGAAAUGUCAAUUUUUAUUUGAAUUUCAAGCCACAUUGAGCUAUAUCCCAUUUUAACCUUUACCCAUACAAAUUUGUAAGGAACGCAUCAGUUGGGACCAAUGCUCAACUCCAAAAUCAUGAAUACCAUGGACUUUGACCUAGGAGGCUGACUAGAUGCUACUAUAUGAUAUGAGAGUUAAUUUUUUUUAUUUAUUUUUUUAUUGUAAUUGUAUUUCUUUUGCAUACUUUGGACAAUGAAUACCAUGGACUUGGGUAUGCCUUGUUUUCUUA